GCCAAAUGAAACGAUGAAAGCGAUUUCAACGAGUUGAGUUUCUCAGCUGAUAACACGAAAUUGGUGGAAAUUUUUCGAAAUUUUGAAGCUGUAAUAAAAUUAUGUGUGAUGUGAUCAAAAGAAAUCAACAUGCAGAUUCGUAAAAAUAACGAUAGAAUAGAAAUCUAUUUUGUGAUUAAAUCGGAAUACAAGAAUGAAAAUGAAGUAUCUGACGAUAUGCAACUUGCUUUCAUGAAUAGCAUAGAUUUUAAAGUGAAUGUGAAAUGGAUUGGACAAAGUGAACUUCUUGAUGUUCUGAAUGAUAAAGGAAGAGUGUUCGUAUUUGAAGAAUUUCAGGACGAAUUGAUCAAACGUUUUCAAGAAACUCAUCCCAACGCGAGAAUUUUGGGACCAAGAUGUCUUCUAAGUUGUUUCAUGGAAAAUAUCCCAGUUCCAAACACCUUGUCUCCGGUUUUUAAUAUGGCUAUGGAUAAAUUAGUCGUCUGUACGUCGAGAAUACCUCCAAAAGAAAGGGCAGAAAUUGAGAAGUUGGUCGGCUACAUGGGUGGAGAAUUCACAGUCCCUCUUACUAGCAGAACAACUCAUUUGAUUGUGACUUCUGCUCUAACGCAGCGACAUUUUAUCGCGUGUGAAAAAGGCAUGUCUGUGAUGAUACGUGGCUGGGUGGAAGAAAUGUGGGAGUUGAAUUUGAAAGAUUCUGUAAAAGCUACCGAUUACAAUAUAGCCAAGAAAUAUUCCUGUCCGAUAUUUUACAACUUGAAAGUUACCGGAUCUUCGAUCUCGUUGGAAGAAAAAUCAAUCCUAGAACGAAAAAUAAAUUCUAAUGGUGGAAAUUACUCGAAAGAUUUAAAAAACAAAGAAACCAACGUGCUGAUAACACCGACUGCAGGAGGCGAAAAAUUCAAGUACGCGGUACGAUGGCGUGUUCCUUGUGUGCAUCCUAGAUGGGUAGACGAAUGUAUUAGAAAAGGUCACACUGUUCCGUUUGAAAAUUAUAUUGUUCGUACCGGAAGCGAAAUGGCAUCCACUCAAGUUCCUAAACACGUGUCUCAAAGACCUGUUUCUUUAACGGAUACGAACGAAAGUGAAAUCAGCAUAAUUCCUUCGAAUAAUGAAAAAAACUUAAUUAACGAUACCGAAACUAGAAUACACGAAUCGACUAUGGAACGAUGUUUACCUUCUAGAGAAGCUAGUGAAUUCAAAACUCCCACGAAAACAUGUCCGAGAAGAGGGCAGCAGCCUCAAGUUUCGCAAUGCAACGUAUCGAUGGAAAAUAAUUUAUCUUAUAAAGAAGUCCUCAGUGAUAUCAAUCUUCAAGAAGUGAAGAAAUGUGGACCAAUUUUUGACGGAUGCAAAUUAUAUUUAGCCGGAUUCAAUACCACCGAAGAAGAAAAAUUGAGAAAAAUUCUCAACCAUGGCGGUGCGCUUAGAUUUACUGAAUUGAAUGAGUCAAUUACUCAUAUUGUGGUUGGAAAUCCAAGCAGUGUCGAAAUGCAAACAAUUAAGAAUAUUCCUAAUAGACCUCACGUAGUUAAAUUAAAUUGGUUGUGUGAUAGUAUAAAACAGAAAAGCGUAGCUAAGGAAGCCUCUUGUGCUUUCUUUGGAGACGAAGCUCCGGAUAAAAGUCGCUCCGCGCCGCAACAACCAUCUCCACUGAGUAAAAAAGGGUAUCAAAUUUUGAAUCCGGAAGCGUUGGAAGCACCCACAAUUCCUCCAGUGCCUAUUUCUAUUGAUCGUAAUUUGAUUGAAAAAUAUUCGCAAUCUUCUCAAGAAAUAGAAAAUUGUCGACCAGAACCCGUAGUAGCUGCUGCCACUCCAGCUGUUUCAGUACCUGCUGUCGAUUCAACCGGCCCAGCGCCUAGCGAAAAUCUGUCGAUUCCUCAAUCUAGUACUCUAUUCACCGGUUUGAAGUUUGCUAUUAUAGGGCAGGAUGAAUCAGCCACCGAAACGUUCAAAAACACCAUAAUCGAAUAUGGUGGCACUGUGGUCUCCGACAACAGAGUAAUCGUAGACUACGUUAUUGCUCCGAUCGUUCUAACUCAUACCAAAGUUACCUAUCAUGAAAUCGUUACAAUGAUGUGGCUGGAAGACUGUUUGUUAAAUAUGAAAGUAAUGCCGGUUAAAUAUUAUCAUUUACCUAUCAGUUAUUCGUUUAUCACGGCACCUAAGCCGCUAACUGGUUGCGUCAUCACGUUGAGCGCCUACGAAAGACUGGAGAAGAAAUUUUUAGAAAAUUUAGUAACAUUGUUAGGAGCUAAAUGCCAAGAAAUACUUUCGAAAAAAGACAACGACGAAAAAAAUGUUAAAAAGACGACCCAUUUGGUUUGUGCUCUGCCUCGAGGAGAAAAAUACGACGCUGCUAAAAAAUGGAAUCUACCUAUAGUAACUGAAAUGUGGAUACAAGAUUGUUUCAAAAAAUGCACCAAAUUACCCGUUGAAGAUUACUUAACUAUGUUUGUCAGAUGCGCUUCUGAAGAAUCCAGUUCAUCCCAAAAUAGUAAAGCGCAGAAAUCGUCUGCAGAACCUCGGCCAUCCGGUCACGUUGAACCUGAACCGAGCACAUCUAAAUCAGUCGCUUCCCGACGUAGUAUUUCAAACGAAGAAAUACCGAAUUUUUGUGCAGCUGCUACGUCGACUAAAGUCGGCGAUAUUUUAAAAGACGUUAAUAAAUGUUCUCAAAAUGCCACUAGAAGAUAUGCCUUCCGGUCAACGGAAAAAAUUACACCUCCUGUAGGUAACGUGUGCUCUGUUAGCAGCGCAAGUAGAAGCAGUUCUCCUGUUGAAAAUGUAAAUAAAUUGGACGAACAUAGCAGAGCUUCUAGAUCCAAUAAUGGACCUACUAGUUUGAUUCUCGAAAUGAAUGCAUCGAAAGGACGAAACACUUCUUCAAUUGGCAAACGCAAAUCUAGAGAUGAUUCAUCCGAUCGUAAACAAAGAAGCCCGAAGAAAAAAGCAAUUGGUCUUGAUAAACAUCAGCUAACACCUGUUGAAGAAGUGGGCUGGCACGAUACUUUGACCGAUUUAAGCCAUCGAGACUCCGGACCAUCUACUGGUAGUCAAUCUUCUCAACGUCGAUCUCAACGUAAUCCUGCUGCAAGUAGUAAAAGUGAAAAACCUGUCCCAGAAAAAAGUGGAACUAGUGCUGUAAAACAACCUAGGCUCGUGAACCCACACAAUAUAAUGUUAUCUUUAGAAAUCGAACGUGACAAAAUAGAAGAACGUAUCACCAAUUUAGGUGGUACAGUCGUGGCUACUUAUGAACCAGAUAGUGAAACAGCCGAUCGAGGUACUCAUUUAAUUAUCGAUGACUUGAAAAAGACAGAAAAAAUGCUAUGUUCGAUGGCAGCUGGGCUGUGGAUUUUACGAUCGUCGUACCUCAAGGCUUGUUUCGAAAACAACGCUUUUGUUCAGGAAGAAGAUCACGAAUGGGGUAAUCCAAAGACUGCAGAGUUUUUAGAAAAUGCGAAUGCAGAAACUAAACAAUUAGCCGAAGCUGCUCAUCGUUGGCGCAUAAAAAUCCUAAAAGAAGGUCUAUCGAAACGACCUUUUGUCGGUAUGAAAGCUGUGAUUGCUAAUCCUACCUUAGACGGUGUCGUGUUAUCUAUUCAACGAAUCAUACGAGCUGGCGGGGGACGAAUAUUACAGCCCAAAGAUAUUUUAAAAGCUACUCACUGUUUCAUGAAAAGUUACGCUAACAUAGAACAUGUUCCUGCCCCUCUAGAAGUAUUAGCUAAUGAAAGAACCCACGUUCUACCGUAUAUUUACCUGCGCGAUUUUCUAAUUUAUCAUCCUCCUCCAGAUCCUAAAACCAGAUACCCUCCCGAGUACCUAAAACUAUUUAAAUAAUUAACUAAUUAAUAAUAACUUAUUUAUUUGCUCACAGUGGCUGCCUUCCUUUUUUUAAACGUUUAAAUAAAUUCCGUUACGAAUUUUA